GUAUCAGCUUCUCCUGUCAGUUAUGCAAGCAGAAUUAUGCAAAAGCAAUGUUUUCUCCCAAACGCCAACUUGCUGCGAGUGCGGCUGGCUGGGUCCCAUGUUGAUACACUGGAGCCUAAGACUAAUCCUUUGGUUUCUAUUUCAGAUGAGCCAGAAACACUGUACAAGAGAGUUUCCCUUUUAGUUAAAGGCCACGAUAAAGCUGUGUUGGACAGCUAUGAAUAUUUUGCAGUGCUUGCAGCUACAGAGCUUGGCAUCUCUGUUGAAAAAGUACAUAGACCUCCAAAGUCGAUAGAACGACUGACACUUUUAAAAUCUGUACAUAUUUACAAGAAGCACAGAGUCCAGUAUGAAAUGAGAACACAUUAUUUGUGUUUGGAGUUAAAAUACCUAACAAGCAGUACUGCUGCAGUUUACUUGGAGUAUGUUCAACGAAACUUACCUGAAGGGGUUGCCAUGGAAGUAAAAAAGACUAAGAUAGAGAAAAUACCUGAACAUAUUCAGGAACCAGUUUGGGAUUCACUACCUCAAGUAGAAGAAACUGAAGUCAAGUCAUGAACUCCCCAGGUGCUUGGCUUCAGUAGUGCUGAAAUUAUUUGCUACUGCCAACCUAAUUUGCUGAGACAGUCUGCUGUCAAAUAAAAUUAUUUUGCAAAGUAAU